UGCGCAGUCGCGUGCCCAGCCUGGUAGUCGAGUCGACCCGACGAACGCCUCCGCCAUUUUAACGCCGGCUAAGCCCUCGACAACUGCUGAAUUUUAUCCGUCUGUCUCGCAGCCAUCAUGACUGAAGAUUACUUCUGGGGAGUUACUUUAAAAAAGAACAAAGAUAAGGAGGUAUGGGACCCAGAUAUGAAAGCCGUAGAUGGCAAUGAAUCACAAGGCAUCCGAGGAGAACACACACUUCUUGUUAAACAGAUAGUAUUAGGAGCAGAUGCAAAAGAUGGAGAGGUUAACGUGGUAGAAGUUGAGGCUAUGGGUUAUAAAUCAGAUGUCAGAUUUCCCAUUGCAGUUAUGAAAGGAGGUGGUCCACAGUCCCAGGCAGUGCUCGACCUCCUCUUCCCGGAUCCGCCUGUCACAUUCCACCUAGUCAAAGGCUCUGGACCAGUCCACCUCCUUGGAAACCACACAGUUGGAAGUGAAUUGGUGGGGGAUGACGAUGAAGAAGAAGAUCUAGAAGAUGAACUCGACGAGGAAGACCUUGACGAUUUGGAAGAGAGUCCAGAGAGGAAUAAUAUUGAAGAUAAGAAACGUAAAAUUGCCCAAGCUAAUUCAACAAAGAACAAAGGAAAAAAAGCCAAGUUAGAUGAGAAGUAAAGGCCAUCAAUGUUCUUCUCCCACCCCCCUGUUUCAAUGUUAGGCCAUCAGUACAUAUGUGAAUGCAAGAAAAUUGAUUAAUGAGAGUGUCAGGCAUCAUGAAGGAGAUAAAUUUAAUUUUACAUUUAAUUUGCUCGUUUCUCAGGCAUGUUUAGACAUUUUUUUUUUCUUGUAUGUUUCCUUUUUUUUAUUGUAAAUUUAUCUGUACAUUUUUGUCAAGUUUUAUGCAAAUCAAUAACGUGUAAACCAUUCUUACAAAAAUAAUUAAUGAUUCUUAAUAUUUACAUGCAACUGUAUUUUUUCCCUUUAAUAUAUUAUAUUCCUUUUUUUUUACAUAAUUGUGCUAUUUGUUCCUACAUGGAUAUGACAACCUAAUUUUUUGUCCAGUAUCAUUAGUUAUUUUAGUUUUUAUAGGAUCAACUAUUUGCAAAAACAGCAUUGUUUACCACACCUGGAACAAGUGUUCACAAAACUUGUUAAAAUAAAAUUAAAACAGAUCAACUUUAAACAACA